AUGAAAACCCCCGUCAAAGCAUUGCAAACAUGUGUUUGAUUUAAAUGAAUGAUUAAUACAAACAUUGAUUUCAAUUGAUAACCAGUGAAGAUGUCGACGACWGAAGAAAUUCAAUUGAAAGUACACAGAUGUCGGUUCUAUGGACCAGAGUUGUGGUCAAUCAAUAGUAUGACAUACAAUGAAAAAGAAGAAAAGUUAGCAGUUUUGCGCCGUCGGGUUCGCAAAUUCAAAACGGGACAAUCGGACACUCAGAGUGUGGUACAGGUCUGGAACAUGAAGUCGAAGGCGCCGUUUGUCGAGCAAACCAUUUACGACAAUCCCGAUAAUCCGGGUCUUCUCGAAGCACUUCAGUGGUUACCAGACGGUCGACUCUUCUCUUGCGGUCUCAACGCUUGUAUCAAUGAAUACGAUUUGAAGAACAGUAGCAUUAAAAGUUCAUACAAUGGUAGAUCUGGUCCCAUAUGGUGUAUGGCGUUGGAUGCGACCAAUUCAUUGAUUGCCGUCGGCAGUGAAGACGCUAUGAUUUCUGUUUAUCGUUUAUUCGAUGAAUCUUUGAAUUUUGAAAAAGUUUUGGACAGAAGUGAUAACCGUAUUCUUUGCAUUAAAUGGCAUCAACCAGAAGACAAUACACCGCCACUUAUUGUUAGCGGUUCUAUAGAUUAUAUCAAAAUAUGGAACUAUCAAACAGGAAGAUGUAUUGAUAGUAUACAAGUCGGUACCACUGGUGUUGUCAUUUGGUGUCUCGUCGUUCUUAAAGACUUUACUAUAGUUAGUGGUGACUCUAACGGCACAACCAGUUUCUGGGACGGGAAGGUCUGUACUUUGAAUACAACAUAUAAGAGUCAUAAAGGAGAUGUACUGGCAAUCAGUGUGGACAGUGAAGAGUCUAAUUUAUAUUCAUCGGGUGUCGACCCGACAAUCGUUAAGUUUAGCAGAACUAAGUCCAUGAAAUAUAACUCGUGGACAAUGAAUAUCAAAAGAAAUUUGAACACACAUGAUGUCAGAGCAAUGAUCUGCAUUAAAACCAAUUGGUUGAUCAGCGGUGGUAUUGAUACCUAUUUAACAUUAAGCUGUUAUCCACCAAAUCUUAAAAUAAGACAUUUUGUUAAUUAUUCUCAAAACGUGACGAUAAUCAAAGACUAUGCUUUAGUCCAAUACGAGACAUUUGUUUACAUUUGGAAAUUAGGAAAAUCAGAUGAAGAUGUAUUUCAAACAAGUACUCUGACCGGUGAGUGCAUAGAGACUCUUCCACUCGCAGAAAGUGCUGUAAAAUUAGCAAACAUUAAAUCUCGUAAACCUAUAAUAUCUUCAUCUUUUAACGACAAAUUCAUUGCUUAUUCCAACUACGAUAACCUCAAGAUUAAGACUUGGAAUGAGACGAGUGUUGCUAAAGUACCACUUCUUUACGAGCCUAUUGUAAAUGGAAAUCAUCUGACAUUUUGCGGUCAAAAUUAUUUAGCUAUUUCUUCGGGAACCACACUUAAUGUGUUAAAGUUAGAAGUCUUGGGAGUUGUUCUCCACAAACGUAAUGAUUUAAAAAAUAAUAUUUAUUUAAUGAGUGGUUCAAAUCAAUAUUUGGCCGUUUCUACAAUUGAUCCCAAGAGAACUGUUACCGUAUAUUCUACUGAUGAUUGGUCUUUGAUUUGUGAUUUUGCCAAUAAUUUGUUGCCAACUGCUCUGCAAAUUAAUCCGUUUAGCAGUGAAGGAGAUAUAUGGAUGGCUUACGCCAAUCGUAAACUUUAUAAUUAUAAUAUCAAUAGUAAAUCAAUUGUUAAAUCAGUAGAUAUUAAAAAUUAUGUCAAAAGUCAUGCUAUAAAUGAAGCCAAUGAUGAAGAUUAUUACUCUAUAAAAUCGAUAGCAUUUGCAAAAAACACUGUCAUAUUCAGUGAUGACAUGUUUCUCUACAAACUGGAUAUUAAAACUAAUAAGACUAACAAACGGUCCGAUUAUAGACAUAUUAUUAAAUUAGGAAAUGGAGAUAAACUGAAUGAAUUGGUGAUGUUUGAAGUGACACCACUCUCACUGUUUCAUCGAUUACCACAAACAUUGGCUAAGAAAAGAUUUGGCACUUAA